AUGGCUUCCAGCGUUACCCCCUCAUCUGGUUCCGCCCGAAUUUCACGGGGAGUGGACCGGCAGCCUUAUGCUAACGCCGAUGCGACUCUGCGAUCGCUUGCGGGAGCCGCCGAAGGGUUCGGAUCGCAGUGCAUCGGCGGGAGAGACGGCGAAAUUUACACCGUUACUUCCCUCGCAGACAGCGGUCCCAACACUCUAAGGGACGCCUGCAAGCACAAGGCAGCAGCGCAGUGGAUCGUCUUUGCUGUCUCGGGCACCAUCUGCCUCGCCUCGCCCAUCCGCGUGCCCUCCUUCACCACCAUAGAUGGCCGCGGACAGAGGGUGGUAAUUCAGGGUGCCGGCCUACAGCUGCGUGGCUCGCAGCACGUGAUCCUCUGUUGUUUUCACCUGACAGGUGGCCGGGGCCACGAUGCAGAUGCGAUCCAGAUGAAACCCCAGGUGGCACACGUGUGGGUGGACCGAUGCUCUCUGUCGGAUUAUGACGAUGGGUUGAUUGAUAUAACAAGAGGGUCGACGGAUGUGACUAUAUCGAGGUGUCACUUUUACAACCAUGACAAAACUAUGCUGAUAGGUGCGGAUCCGAAGCACACGGAGGAUUGGGGCAUCCGAGCCUCCAUCCACCACUGCUUCUUCGAUGGCACGAAGCAGAGGCACCCGCGGGUUAGGUUCGGCAAAGUGCAUUUGUACAAUGUGAGUCAGGGCAAUCAAUAA